UGCGCCUGGGGUUGCCUCGCGUAGUUUGGUGCUGCGCGAGGUGACCGAGGAUGUGACUGCCUUGGCCGGCGGUGGCCCGCGGACGAUGCUCGCCCUCCUGGGCGCGACGACCCUGGUGCUGGUCGCUGCGGUGCGGUGGAUGUUGCCCGCAGCCGCAGGAGAAACAAAUCUAAAAUCUCCUCAAAAUGUAGAGGUCUACAUCAUUGAUGAUACCUUUAUCCUGCAGUGGAACAGAAGCGAUCCGUCUGUCAAGAAUGUGACUUUUUCAGCAGAUUAUCAAACUCUUGAAAAUGAUACUUGGGUAAAAUUGCCUGGCUGUCAGUCUGUCGCCAGUACCAAAUGCAACUUUUCUUCAGUCAAGCUCAAUGUUUAUGAAGAAAUUAAAUUGCGGAUAAGAGCAGAGGAGGACAGCAACACUUCUCCAUGGCAUUAUGUUGACUCAUUCACCCUAUUUGGAAAAGCUCAAAUUGGUCCCCCAAAAGUACAUUUAGAAGCUGAAGAUAAGGCAAUAAUAAUAAACAUCUCGCCACCUGGAACAAAAGAUCAUGGCAUGUGGGCUCUGGAUAGCUCAAGCUUCACCUACAGCUUGGAUAUCUGGAAAAACUCUUCAAGUGGAGAAAGAAGGACUAAAACUGUUUACCCCAGAGAUAAAAUUUAUAAACUCUCACCAGAGACCACUUAUUGCUUAAAAGUUAAAGCAAGACUUUUGCCGAGAAAAACUGGUGUCUAUAGUCCUGUGUAUUGUAUAAAGACCACAGUUGAAAAUAAACUGCCUCCACCGGAAAAUAUUCAAGUUGAUGCUAAAAAUCACAUCUAUGUUCUUAAAUGGGAUUAUACAUAUGAAAAUGUGACUUUUCAAGCUCAGUGGCUCCAUGCCUAUUUAAAAAAGAUUCCUGGGGACAAUUCAGGUAAAUGGAAACAAAUACCAAACUGUGAAAAUGUCCAAACUCCACAGUGUGUCUUUCCCAAAAGUACUUUCCGAAAAGGAAUUUACCUUAUCCGUGUUCGAGCAUCGGAUGGAAAUACCACAUCUGUUUGGUCUAACGAAGAAAAAUUUGAUACUCAAUUACAAAUUACCCCGUUUCCUCCAGUCAUUACCAUGAAAUCCACUAACGAUGUUUCCCUGCGGGUCUAUAUCAGCGCUCCCGAAGAGUCUGAAAACAAGCCUGUGAACCAUCAUUACCCACUAAUUUAUGAAAUUAUAUUUUGGGAAAAUACUUCAAAUGCUGAGAGAAAAAUUCGAGAGAAUAGAACAGAUUUUACUUUUCCUAAAUUGAAACCACUGACUGUAUAUUGUGUCAAAGCCAGAGCGCUCAUUCAGGAAGGAAAGUGGAAUAAAAGCAGUGUUUUUAGUGAUAUUGUGUGCGAGAAAACAAAACCAGGAAAUACUUCCAAAACCUGGCUCAUAGCUGGAGUUUGUGCUGCAUUGUUUUCCAUCCCGGUUGUCAUCUAUGUCAUGAAACUUCUCUUUAGAUGUAUCAGUUAUGUGUUCUUUCCAUCAAGUAAACCUCCUUCCACUAUAGAUGAGUAUUUCUCUGAGCAACCGCUCCGGAAUCUCCUCCUUUUCACUUCCGAGGAACAAACAGAAAGAUGUUUUAUAAUUGAAAACACAAACACUAUCACGGCAGUAGAAGAAACUAACCAAACCGAUGGAGAGCACAAAAAAUAUAAUUCCCAAACCAGUCAAGAUUCGGGAAACUAUUCUAAUGAAGAUGAAAGCAGUGGAAGCAAAUUCAGCGAAGAAUCCCUGAACCAGGAAACCGAGUGACCAGAAGCAAGCUCUAGAAUACUUGGGAGUCCUGUGGGAGCUGCGCUCGAAGCCUGGGUUCUCACUUCGCCCCGUAACUAUGCAGAGGAUCAAGGAAAACGUCUUUGGGUCACCGGUCCGAAAAUGCAGGCAAGUACUUCUCCGUGGGACAGAAGUUCUCUCUAUUCUUUUCCACGCACAGACCCUUGAAAGACCAAUCCCUGGACCUGCCUGAUGAAAUGAGUGAAAUCCAGAAAAUGUUCUCUGUGUCUCUGAUGACAUCUCAAGUAUGGCUGUGCUAACGGUUUUGUGGUAAGCACAGAGUCACUGUGUUCCUGUCGGGUGACACCGUCACCGAGAGCCUGUGGCUAUCCGUGUCGCCGACUCGUCCUCCAUUCUCAGUGUUACAGUUCAGCAUUUUUCAGGAGGUAUUUAGAUACUUUGGACACCAAAGUAGGCCCUUGGGAAAUUUCUCGAGAAAAGCCCGAUACCAUUACCACUGGUUUUCUAUAAAAUAGCUUACCCUAGAAAACGUCUGCAGGUGCCAGAAAUGUGAUCCUUAGAAUUUUCAUGGGAACCCUGUCCAUGUGCCCCCAAAACCUUGGCUCCUACAUCACAGUCACCUCUCCCUGCUGUGGUUUAGGAUCCAAACCAGGCCAUCUUUUCCUAUACAUUAAUACUUCCUGACUCACAACCUAAUUCCCAACCUAGUAGAACAGUAGCUUCUGAUUCGAAUUUGCAAUCAGUGAAGUGAUAGAGAAAGGGACAACUGUCUAAUCAGAGAAGUUAUUAUGAUAUUUUAAGAUAAGGGAGUAUGUAGAGGUUAGUCACAGCGUAUGCAGGAAGCCUUGGGACCAGAAAAUGCUCCUGAUAGAACAGACAGAGUAAGAAGUAGAAUCAUUCAGUAGGAGGAAAGCAGGUGACUUUCGUGAAAAAUAAGAGUAACGCGUCUAAUCAGCUUUUAAUUAGUAACAUGCUGUGGGGUUGUUCAUCUCUGUCUUGGUUUUUGUUGGUUUUUUUCCUUUCUUAGUUUUAUUGAGAUAUAACUGGCAUGUAACUUAUCCAUGUCAUGUUUUGAACCAGGCCAGCUUCUCUGUCCCAUGUGGGAUAUGCAGGUGUCCCUUCUCCUCCGCUUACACACACUCAAGAAAGUGAACGUUUACUAUCAACGUAAGGAAGAAAGUGUAACUGGGGGGAAAACCUCAUUUUAAGAAUUACAUCAUGUUUUUCAAAGGCCACCUGGAGUGCAUUCCUAAAUUAGUCAUGGAGACCCUUCGUAGGAAGGAAAGUCUAGGAAUUUUGGUGGCCUCCCAAGGGAAGGGAGAUGCAGCAACACAGUGCACUGGGAUGUACAUAACCUAAGGCCAGUAUUAUUUGCUGUCAUCGUCCCUGCUGACGCCCCAGGUUCAUCUGUGGGGAAGAAAAGGUGGAAGGCAGCCGCUCUGAGGCAGCUCCGCCUCGGCAUAACCACAGCUCCACGGAGCACACCAUGCACUUUCCUGGACCCGCAGCCCCGGCUUCCAGCAGAGGGUAGCAGGGAUCGGGGAGGCCCCUGGGAGACGCAAGUCUCUGCUGGAGAAUCCCUAAAGUGACCCAAACACACUCCCCUUUUGAUCUUUCUGACCGGAGACAUCUAGUUUCAGGCAGAUCUUCUGGGUCGGCCCUCUAAUUGUAGAGGUCCCAUCUCUGGAAAUUUGCUUCUUUACAGAGGAGGUUGGGACUGUGUUUAGGACCCCUGCACCAGCCCUGGCUCUCGACCCACGCUGACGCAGUGGUCCUAUCCAGCACCCAGGCCCAGGGAGAAAGUCGCUUUACACGGGAUGUACCUCUGUGGGGCGUGGAGGAGGGGAAACUUACACCUUACAUUCAGAAGACACCAGUAGAAUGGUUAGGUCCUUAGCAUGUGGAAGUUUGAUGUCAUAAGGUUUGAAGACCCUCUGUGAUUUUCAGUGAACAAGCGUCUCAACAGCAGUGAACAAAAACCCCUCAUUUUUGCCUUGUCUUCUAGACAUGAAAAUGCAGUUCCUUUCCAUUCUUCAUGAUGGUCUACGUGUAGCAUAAUCAGGAAGUGCUUCCUUGUAAGGUAUGAUAGGUGUUCUUUCUGAAGAAUAGUUUACUUGGAAACAUCCUGUACUUGGGAACACCAGGAGACUGCCUCAGGAAUACAGUGUUGAUAGUUCUUGGCGAGGCUGAACAUAAUCAAUUACAUUUGUAUCAUUACAGCCAGAAAUCUCUAGUAUAGGUGAAUAUACAUGUAAAUAAUGACACGGGUGUGUAAACACAUGUGUGUUUAUAUCUACCCUUGCCCUCACGUAUGAUGUGGGUCAUUCCAUUAGGAGAGCCAUAAAGUACUUACUUACUAGUAUAGAUUCUAAUUCGAAAAUUAGAAACACUGCUCAGAGCUAUGAACUUUAGAAUCUGACCAGGAAUUUACAACCUAUAAAGUUAUUUUUUAAAUAUAAUUUAGGGUUUGUAUCUUUUCCCCCGACCUGCGACCUUUAAAAGGCAGCCCCAGAUUGCUCUUAAGAAUUCUGUGUACAGAAACCUUCCUUCCUUCCACUCCUUCCUGUGACUACUUGACAUGUUAUGUAUUUGUUUUUUGUCUGGCAUAUGUCUGCCCCCACGAGACUGGAAGCUCUCUGAGCACAAGGACCUUCUUUUAUUCAUGGCUGUAUCCCCAGCAUCUACAGCAGUGCAGGGCCUCGCUCAUGGAGGUGGCGUGGAAAAUAAUUAUCGAAUGUGUGACAUCCACAAUUUGAACCAAAUGGGUGGUUCUGACUGUGUUUGUAUGUUGGUUGAGUUGCGGAAGGACAUAACCAAUGUGUUCAGUGUUUCUAUGAAGUCAACUUGUAUUUGUGUUUUUGUCUUAAACCCUAUUGCUGUGAACAAUUUUAUAUAAUAAACACUGGGGCCAGAA